UGGUAUCUUCAAACAAAUAAUUCAGCAUCCUAUUCCUCCUAUAUAGGGUCAUACAUCUGCAGAAUAAUAAAUAUCUGCAUUAAUAAUUCUACCAAACACACACAUUGUUCUUAAAUUCUCAGAAAAAGAAAAAAAAAAAAACCAUUUCGAAUCAUUUGGCGUAAACAACAACACCCACAAAGUUUUUUAGCAAAUUUCAAGCUUCUUUCAUUCACCAUUGAUCACAUUGUCACUAUAAAGUUCACAUCUUUUUGGCGGGUUUACGGUUUUCCUGGCCUAAAGAACAAAACCCAGAAAGAUCUUUCGAUCUUGAUCAAUAUUUGGUGAGUUUUGAUUAGUGUUUUGCAACAAUGGAUGGGAGUGACAUAUAUAAAGCUGCUAGUAGUAUAAGAUUAGGAAGUUUAAGAGCAGGUAGUAGUACAAGAGUACCAAGUUUAAGAUCUGAAAGUACUUCUGUAUGGAGGAAUUCUGGUAUGGAUGUUUUCUCUAAAUCUUCACGUGAGGAAGAUGAUGAAGAGGCUCUUAAAUGGGCUUCUCUUGAAAAGCUACCCACUUUCGAUCGGUUGAGAAAGGGUUUACUCUUUGGAUCAACUGGAGAAUCUAAUGAAGUUGAUGUAGAUAAUCUUGGACCAGAAGAUAGGAAGCAUUUACUUGAUAGACUUGUUAAAGUUGCUGAUGAAGAUAAUGAGAAGUUCUUGUUGAAGCUCAGGAGCAGGCUUGAUAGAGUUGGGAUUGAUUUGCCAACAAUUGAAGUGAAAUUUGAGCAUGUGACUGUGGAGGCUGAUGUUAAUACAGGAAGCCGGGCCUUACCGAGCUUUAUAAACUUUCAUAUUGAUAUUUUAGAGGGGAUACUGAGUUCAUUUCAUUUACUUCCGAAUUUGAAGAGGCAUAUAACUAUCCUUGAUGAUGUCAGCGGUGUCGUUAAGCCUCGCAGGAUGACCUUACUUUUGGGUCCUCCGAGUUCUGGGAAGACAACCCUGUUGUUGGCUUUGGCUGGGACACUCGCAAAGGAGCUUACGAGUACGGGUAAGGUAACAUACAAUGGGCAUGAGUUACAUGAGUUUGUACCAGAAAGAACUUCUGCUUACAUCAGUCAAAAUGAUGUCCAUAUUGGAGAAAUGACUGUUAGAGAAACAUUGGCUUUUUCCGCAAGAUGUCAAGGAGUUGGAUCACGUUAUGAUAUGUUAGCGGAGUUGUCUAGAAGAGAAAAAGAUGCAAACAUAAAGCCUGAUCCUGAUAUUGAUGUCUUCAUGAAGGCCGCUGCUACUAAAGGUCAAGAAGCUAAUGUGGUCACAGAUUAUACUCUCAAGAUGUUAGGGUUGGACAUUUGUGCGGACACCAUGGUAGGAGAUCAAAUGAUAAGGGGAAUAUCGGGUGGACAAAAGAAACGUGUGACAACCGGUGAAAUGAUAGUGGGACCGUCAAAGGUUCUUCUUAUGGAUGAGAUAUCCACAGGGUUGGAUAGUUCUACGACUUAUCAGAUUGUGAAUUCGCUUAAACAGUUUCUUCACAUCCUUGAGGGUACUGCUGUCAUUUCACUCCUUCAGCCCGCACCAGAGACGUACGAUUUGUUUGAUGACAUUAUACUCUUGACUGAUGGCAAGAUUGUAUAUCAAGGUCCGCGAGAAAAUGUUCUCGAGUUUUUCGAAUCAAUGGGAUUCAAAUGCCCGGAAAGAAAAGGCGUUGCUGAUUUCUUGCAAGAAGUGACAUCAAAGAAAGAUCAAGAACAAUACUGGAUGAAAAGAAACGAGCCUUAUCGAUUCGUGACCGCAAAGGAAUUUGCAGAAGCGUUCCAAUCAUUUCACGUCGGAAGAAAAAUAGCAAACGAUAUCGCGACCCCGUUUGACAAAAGUAAAAGCCACCCUGCUGCUCUCACAACCGAAAAAUAUGGAUUGAGUAAUAAAGAACUCUUGAAAGCUUGUACAGAUAGAGAAAUACUGCUCAUGAAAAGAAACUCCUUUGUUUAUAUAUUCAAAUUGGUACAACUAACUGUCAUGGCGUUCUUUGCUAUGACGGUGUUUUUCAGGACCGAGAUGCAUAAAACGGAUCUAAAUGAUGGAGGGUUGUAUAUGGGUGCUUUAUUUUUCGGUGUCACUAUGGUGAUGUUUAACGGAAUGGCUGAGAUUUCAAUGACCAUAGCAAAACUUCCGGUUUUUUACAAGCAACGGAAUUUCCUUUUUUACCCGCCCUGGGCAUAUGCUAUUCCAUCAUGGAUCGUAAAGAUUCCCGUUUCAUUUCUUGAAGCUGCUGUUUGGACAUUUCUCACUUACUAUGUCAUGGGAUUUGAUCCUAAUGUCAUAAGAUUCUUGAAAAAUUACCUUUUGUUGUUGGUUGUUAACCAAAUGUCUGCUGCAAUGUUUCGGUUCGUUGGAGCAAUGGGUCGGAACAUGAUUGUUGCAAAUACCUUCGGUUCAUUUGCGAUUCUCUUAGUGUUUGCUUUGAGUGGCUUUGUCCUUUCGCGAGAUGAUGUCAAGGGCUGGUGGAUAUGGGGAUACUGGUCAUCUCCCAUGAUGUAUGCAAUGAAUGGAAUCGUUGUGAACGAAUUUCUUGGCCAUAGUUGGAGUGCACCUUUGAACGGUACAACGGUUGGGAAGCUAGUUAUCACAGCAAGAGGGCUCUUUGCAGAAGCUUAUUGGUAUUGGAUCGCACUGGCGGCCUCAUUUGGAUAUAUUAUAAUCUUCAACAUCGGUUUUACUUUGUCCCUCGCCUUUCUCAAUCCUUUUGAAAAACCUCAAGCCAAUGUAUCGGCUGAGGAUGAUAGUGAUGCAAGCGUUGAAUUAUCAUCUAUGAAGAGUGAGUCCAGAAAUGAGGGAAGUCAGAAUAAGAAGGGAAUGAUCCUUCCAUUUGAACCACAUUCAAUUACCUUUAAUGAUGUCAAAUACUCGGUCGAUAUGCCACAGGAAAUGAAAGAUCAAGGGGAGCCUGAAGACCGAUUGCUGCUACUUAAGGGCGUCAGUGGGGCUUUCAGGCCUGGUGUUCUCACAGCUCUAAUGGGUGUAAGUGGUGCUGGAAAAACUACUCUUAUGGACGUGUUAGCGGGUCGGAAAACAGGCGGCUAUAUCGAGGGUGAUGUCAGAAUUUCCGGGUAUCCGAAAAAGCAAGAAACAUUCGCCCGGAUUUCUGGUUAUUGUGAGCAAAACGACAUCCAUUCACCUCAUGUAACCGUCUAUGAGUCUUUGCUUUACUCAGCAUGGCUCAGGUUAGCAUCGGAUGUUGAUGAGCAGAAGAGAAAGAUGUUUGUUGAUGAGGUUAUGGACCUUGUGGAACUAAACCCAAUAAAGGAUGCACUAGUGGGGCUACCUGGUGUUAACGGACUAUCAACAGAACAAAGAAAAAGGUUAACCAUAGCGGUUGAGCUCGUGGCUAACCCGUCCAUAAUCUUUAUGGAUGAACCAACCUCUGGGCUAGAUGCUAGGGCUGCUGCCAUUGUUAUGAGAACGGUUAGGAACACAGUGGACACAGGAAGGACAGUUGUUUGCACCAUUCAUCAACCAAGCAUCGACAUUUUUGAAGCUUUUGAUGAGUUGUUCCUGAUGAAAAGAGGCGGACAAGAGCUGUAUGUGGGACCCGUAGGUCGGCAUUCUUGCGAAUUGAUUGAGUACUUUGAGGCCAUCGAUGGUGUAAGUAAGAUUAAAGACGGAUACAACCCUGCAACAUGGAUGUUGGAAGUUAGCACUGCAGCACAAGAACUCUCACUUGGAGUUGAUUUCACUGAAAUCUACAGGAACUCUGAACUUUACAAGAGAAACAAAGCCCUGAUCGCCGAAUUAAGCGUACCACGUCCCGGCUCCAAAGAUCUAUUCUACCCAACCCAAUAUUCGCAGCCCUUCCUCGUUCAAUGUGUUGCGUGUCUAUGGAAACAACGGUGGUCAUACUGGCGAAACCCACCAUACACCGCUGUGCGUUUCGCCUUCACCACCUUCAUUGCACUUAUGUUUGGUACCAUGUUUUGGGAUCUCGGAGGCAAAAAGGGAAACCAACAAGAUCUGAUGAACGCGAUGGGUUCAAUGUACGCAACAGUUCUCUUCAUAGGAGUCCAAAACGCAUCGUCGGUUCAACCCGUUGUAGAUGUGGAACGAACUGUUUUCUACAGAGAAAGAGCAGCCGGAAUGUAUUCUGCUUUGCCGUAUGCUUUUGCUCAGGUUCUGGUCGAAAUCCCAUACGUGCUGUCGCAAACAGUGGUGUACAGCAUCAUCGUCUACUCCAUGAUGGGAUUCGAGUGGACUGCUGUUAAAUUCUUUUGGUAUGUGUUCUUCCAACUGUGCUGCUUCCUCUACAUGACCUAUUACGGUAUGAUGACCGUCGCCAUCACUCCCAACGCCAAUAUCGCUGCCAUCAUCGCCGCCUCAUUCUAUGGAAUCUUCAAUCUGUUCUCAGGAUUCAUCAUUCCUCGACCCAGCAUUCCUGUGUGGUGGAGAUGGUGCUACUGGGCCAACCCGAUCGCAUGGACUAUUUACGGGUUGGUCGUUUCACAGUUUGGGGACUAUGAGGAUCGACUUGGGAAUGGUGAACGAGUGAAGGAUUACUUGGAUGAAUAUUUCGGUUUCAAGCAUGAUUUUCUUGGGGCUAUUGCGGGGGUGCACGUUGGGUUGGUUGUUGUCUUCGCGGUCAUCUUCGCUUACUGCAUUCGAUCGUUCAAUUUCCAGAAAAGAUGAUUGUGUUGUUCAUCAGUUUAGAUGAAAACAACAUCAAUGAAUUAUGAAUAUAUGUAACUAGGCUGCAAGUAUUUGAUGUUUACCGUUAAUUUCAUGAGAUAAUAUUUCAAUUUGUAAUAGUAGUACUCUAAUAUUAAUAUAUGCUUUUUAAGACCAAA